GUUUCUCCGGCGGGUCUGUGCAGAAUGAGCGCUGGACGGGGGUCUGAGGGUCCCGGGUCCGUCUCCUGGUGGGGCUUCAGCCCUGCACGCGACCUGCUUAGUCUGGGCCCAGUGAGAAAUGAAGGAGAUGCUAAUGUUUUACUCAUUGGCAGUGGAGAUCCACGACAUAUUUUGAAGACCAUCGCUGGUUUGCAGGACACACAAAGUCUUCAUGUGUGGGUGAUAGAGACCAGCAUGGAGGUGGUGGCUAGACAGCUGCUGCUCCUCUACCUGGCACUGAUACCCCAGGAAUCCAUGGGAAUUAAUGAGAAGACAGAGGUGUUUCUGGAGGUGUUUGGGAACAGUGAAAUCCGCAGUCAGACAGAGGAGACUUUGCGUCAUGCAGCGUCACAGCUCUCUACAUCUGUUACUGAAACACUGGAGGCUGCCUCACACGCCUGCCUUAACACAACUCUUCUCAAGUUUAGGGAGCGCGAUGAACUGGCCGGGAUAUUCAAGUUGUGGAUUCAGCCUUGGCCUUCAUCGUCUUCAUCCCAGCCUCCUGCUCCUAUCGUGAUGUCCAAAGUCUGGGAUUAUCGGGUCAGGCAGCAUCUUGGAACUCGCUAUGACUCCAAAAAAGGCUGCUUCGACUGGGAUCUUACAAUGAAGCUGCACCAGAAAGGGUGUGGCGUCAUUAACAAGCAGCAAUAUGCGCGAUGGAGGGAACAGGGAUUGGCAUUUGAAAUGAGGGAAGGUGUCUACCAAAUAGCCAAUCCAAGUUUGCUCUCUUCAAGACUGUUUAGUCGGAAUGGGGAAAAAGUGGCUUUCAGGGGCUACUGGGGAGACAUUGUUUCCAGUCCUUACCUCUCCUUUGGCAUUGAAACUGACGACAAGAGCCUGCUGAAGACACACAACGGGCGACACAUCAAGACAGCCCAGGAUAUCUCCAUCGCAAACGUGCAGGGAUUGUUUCAGUCCCUGUCCAGCAGACGGGGCUGCCCCACUACUUCUCAGUCAGACUUAGAGGAGCCGUCCGCACAGACUGACCAGAAAUCUGUCACCAUUAAUGACUUGAUGCGUCUGAAUGGGAUCUCUGUGACGUUCCUGCCUUUGGACUCACUUCAAAAGCUGCCAGAGAAACAGAAAUACUCCCAUUACUACAACACCAUUUUUGCCUCUGUCAGCUGCGCGCACCAGUUGGGCCCGAUGAUGAGACAGAUUGCAGCACCAGACGCCGUGCUCGUCGUGGAGUUGGCCAAGUUCAUUCUGGACCUGAGCAAAGAGCAAGAAGAAGGCUUCGCGAAGAAAGUGGCGAGCAUGGCUCUGGAGGCUGGAUUUGAACCGUGGCGUGAGGCGAACAGUGAUGACGUCCAUUCCGUUUUCACACAGCAGAAGAAGUAAUGGUGGCUUAUUUCGUCCGAGCUGUUUACUCUGGCCCCUCUGUCAGCAGAUUUACCUCCGCAAGAUGCAAGAGGCAGGAUGAGGAAGCGUCACAGCACAGAGAUUUUAUGCAAACACAUUUUAUUUGUCCUUCGUAAAGAAGUUUGUGAGAGACCUCAGCUAGUGAGUCAUAGUCCUUUGUAGCAGCUGUCAUGAAUUCUCAGCAGAAAAAUUCUAUUUGUCAAACGCCGAAAUAUGUUGUGCGUUCAUGCAUUUUAUUAACUAAAGAUGCAAAUUUCAGAGGAUGCAUUUAAAGUAAAGGACACACAAAAGUCUAUCAUACCUAGUGCUGGUCAAUGAUAAACACUGCAAAACUGCUGCAACCUUGUCCUGAAACUAAAGAUCAGUCUUCUGUUUUUUUAUGCCUCCUGUGUGUGAGUUCACUUCCAGCGUCCUCCAACCUUCCCCUUCCCGUGGCCCUUUUUGCUGCGUUAAGACAAGAGAAGAUUUAAAGUAGAAAACAAACAGCCAUUCACAGAAUUCACAGCAACUGAGGUUUUAAGAAAGGCAAGUAGUACUAUUUCCAUUUCUGCCCUAUCCCAUGUAAAUGCCUCAGAUGUGUGCAUCCUGUUCAUAAAAUGGUGAAUACUAAAGAGCUGUGAGGUUGACAUUUCCUGUGCAUGUGUGGCUGCGACCAUUGAUCUGUGAUAUGUUUGCAUAGUCAAAGCAAAGUCGCUCUGCACAGUGCUCUGCUUUACUCCUCUGGGGUGUGGGAGUUGUGGCAUUUAGACAAGCAGAUUGACUCACAAUUUCUGAGCAUGUUGGAUUCUGUUCAGGAGGACAUUGAUCUGAAAAAAAAGUAUAUCAGAUUCUGAUGUCACAGAUUGCACAUUUUUGAAAUAGAAUAAUUGUAUGUUGUCAGGCUGAAGGGUUCACCUCAUAUUUCUGCCUCCUCAUCUUCUCAGUCAGGUCGAACUUCUCAGACUCCAGCUGGUAGAUCCAUUCCCACAUCUCUUUGGCUCUCUCUCUAAAACACAACAGCAUUGACAGCUUGAGCUGGGUAAACACUGGGUUCCUAGACAGCCUGGAAAAGUGUGGAAUUUAAUUUGAGUCAUUUCUAGAUCUUCAAGAUCACAUAAAAAAAAUGUGUUUCCAUAGUAAUGCUCAUUUUCUGUUCCCGAAAAUUACAAUUCUGAAGUUCAAAAGGUAAACGGCUCAUACAAGCAGUAUGUUUUUCAAAGUGGCAGUUUAAUUUGAAAGAAAAUGCAGCAAUGUCUGAAUUGCAUAUUAUACAUGCCAUUAAAAUAAUCAAAUACUAUGCUUUUCUGGACAUUUACAAGCCCUAAAAUGAAAUUAACGGACCAUCUUCUCUGUAUUGGGAAAUGUUACAUACUAAAUAUUUACCUAUUUCAA